UUUCCAGCUGAGUAAGCAGUAUCCAGUCAUAUCUGAUUGUAGCAGCUAUUCGUAGGGACAGAUGAAUGAGACCAUAACUGCUUCAGGAGCAGUUCACCCUUACAGGGCACUAACUAUUUUAUGGUAAAUGGAUAAGAUUAUAAGCAAAUUUCCAACUACAGAGCUCCUUAUAUUAUGCAAUCAAACUUCCUGGGUUUGUCUUGUAUAACAAAUGAACUAGAUCAGCUAUAUCUCCUGUAGAUCAUUAUGAAAGCUAACAGAACAGUUUAUUCGCUAGGGAGACUUUAUUACAGUGACUGGUGAAUAUUGCACAAGGUGAUCGUUACCCCACUCAUAAUGCUGCCCAUAGGAACUGAUGCAGCUGGGAAUUUGGUGGAAGAUAUUUUCCAUUAUAUAGAUGAACAUCAAGAUGAAUUUGUGCAGAACCUAAAAGAAUGGCUUGCUGUUAAGAGUGAUUCCAGCGAUCCAAUAUUGCGUGGAGAAUUAACAAGAAUGGUACAGAUUGCAGCAGAGAGGUUACAAACUCUGGGAGCCACUGUAGAAUUAAUAGACAUGGGCAAUGAAAAGCUGCAUGAUGGGCAGAGCAUUCCUUUCCCUCCAGCAAUCUUGGCACAACUUGGAAAUGACACAACUAAAGCUACUGUGUGUUUUUAUGGACACGUUGAUGUUCAGCCGGCUAAAAAGGAGGAUGGGUGGAAAACAGACCCAUUUACAAUGACAGAAAUAAAUGGAAAUCUCUAUGCUCGUGGUGCUACAGAUAACAAAGGUCCUGUAUUAGCCUGGAUACAUGCGAUAGACACAUACAAAGCUUUGAAACAGGGAAUCCCAGUAAAUCUUAAAUUCAUUAUUGAAGGGGUUGAAGAGACAGGUUCUCCUGGACUGGAGGAGCUCAUAAAGGAGAAGAAUGAGUUUUUUUCUGAUGUAGACUAUAUUGUGAUUUCUGAUAACGUGUGGCUCACAAAAAACCCAGCCUUGACAUACGGGACAAGAGGAAAUGCUUACUUCUUUGUUGAGGUGGAAGGUGGUAAUAAAGAUUUACAUUCCGGCACUUUUGGAGGCAUUAUCCACGAGCCAAUGUCAGAUCUUGUAUUUCUUUUAGCCAGCCUUGUAGAUCCGUCUGGUCACAUACUGAUACCUGGAAUUUAUGAUGAAGUUGCUCCGUUUACCAAGGAAGAGCAACAGUUAUAUGAUGAUAUAGAUUUUGACUUGGAAGAGCAUAAAAACAACAGUGGUGGUUAUCAGUUCCUACAAAGCACUAAGGAAGAAGUUCUUAAGCAUUUAUGGCGAUAUCCUAGCCUUUCUAUCCAUGGCAUUGAAGGAGCUUUUUCUGGACCAGGAUCCAAAACAGUCAUCCCUUCAAAAGUAAUAGGCAAGUUUUCCAUUCGACAAGCUCCUAACAUGACAAUUCCAGCGGUAGAAAAACAGGUGACCAAAUAUCUUGAAGAAACAUUUGCCAAACUAAACAGCACAAACAAGCUUACCGUUUCCUUGUAUAUUGGAGCAAUGCCUUGGGUGGCAAAUGUUAAUGAUCCUCAGUACAAAGCUGCAAAAAAUGCAAUUAUUAAAGUAUUUGGUGUCACACCAGACAUGAUCCGAGAUGGUUCAACUAUUCCAUUAGCCAGAAUAUUCCAAGAUUUAACAAAAAAGAAUGUUAUGAUGUUUCCAAUCGGUGGAGCAGAUGACGGUGAACAUUCACAAAAUGAGAAAAUUAGCAGGUCAAACUAUAUCCAGGGGACUAAACUGUUUGCUACAUUUUUUUUGGAGUUAUCAAAGCUUCAUGAAGAUUUAAUGGCAAAAACAAAUACUAAAACUUCGGAAAUUUCUAAACUCAUCGGAAUCUGAAUGUGGAUGCUAUGAAUAAUCAGAAUGUCUAAAAAAAUAAGCUACUUUAAUCUUAUUAUAGUCAUAAUACCUCUUAAAUGACCCUCACCACGAUUUUUAUAGGGCUUAAAUGUAAAACUGAAUCCUAACAACCAGUGUGUGGCUACUUUAUUUCUAAGACCUAACAUAAGAUUUAAGGGACAUGGAAAUCCUGAUUUUUUGAUCACCUUUUAUAGUGCACAGUUUUUAUGGAAGGCAUAUCAAAACGUGACUGACCAUGUUUGAAUGGUCACUGUCAAAUUGAUGUGAAAUAGAAACUUGUGUUUCUAUUUCACAUAAUGGGGUUGGGCAGGCCGUGGGCUCAAGCAGGCCCUAAGACUGUGACUAAUCACCUGAUAGAUCAGUCCGCCCCUAUGUAGAAUGUAGCGGGUUAGGCACUUUAAUUUCUCACAGUUUUUAAAGUUAAAAGAGAAGGGCACAAAGUAAAUAAUUAAGCAUAUCACAACAUGUUUUAGUACAAAUAUUUUAUAUUACAUUCUAAAACUGUUAAAUGUCCCUUUGACUCCAUAUGCAAAUAAGUAACACCUUAGAGAACAACAGCUCUUUCUUUGGUGACUUGUAGCAAAUAAAACUUUUCUACUUUAACUGAUGUGUUCUCACACUAAACUAAUAACCUAAAGGUCUUUUUUUGUUACACUUUAUAUGUACAUGAUCAUGUCAUUUAAUCAGUGUCCCUUUCUAACUAUUUUUAGCAUCUUUAUUUGUACAUUUACAGGUUAUUAUUAAUAAAAAAAUAUAUAUAAUUUGCA